AUGGCUGAGGUGGGGGCCGGCGAGCCCUCCCCGGGCCUGGAGGUGGAGCAGGGGACGGAGUACGACGUCCUGCCUCCACCCACCGUCUCCCUCAGCGACUCGGACUCGGACUCCGACCUCAGCUGGCCAGGCAGCGCCCCGCUGGAGGCUCUGUCCCCAGAGCUGCCGCCUGGGGAGACCCAGGGGGACUCGGGCCCCGACAGCUCCCCCUCGCCGCCCAGGGCCCCCCCCGCGGCUGCCGUGCAGCCUUUCUGCCUGCGGGGCACCAGCAGCACCUUCUCCCAGCGCAGCCAGAGCAUCUUCGACUGCCUGGAGGGGGCGGCCCGGCGGGCUGUGCCCGCCGCCGGCCAGGCGGGCCUGGGGGACGGUGCGGGCUUCAAGCAGCCCCGGGCGCCCCCCUGCCGGCCCCUAGCAGAGGGCCUGGGCAGGGCCCGGCAGAGCCUCGUGCCCCCCCGGGUGCCCCCCGUGCCCGACUACGUGGCCCACCCCGAGCGCUGGACCAGGUACAGCCUGGAGGACACGGCCGAGGCCAGCGAGCAGAGCAACCGGGCGGCCGCCCUGGACUUCCUGGGCUCCCGGCGUGGGGCCGCGCCCAGCGCCUACGAGCCCUCCUUCAACCAGGACCCGUCCAGCAGCGGCGAGGGCCGCGUCGUCUUCUGCCGGCCGCCGCGCGCCGAGGCCCGGCCCGAGAGGAAGAGGGUCCAGCCCGAGGCAGGGGCCCCGGGCCGGGCCGAGGGCUCCGUGGAGCUGGCCCACCUGGCCAGGCCCGGGAGCCCCGAGGCCGAGGAGUGGGGGGGCCCCCACGGGGGCCUGCAGGAGGUGGACGUGCCCGAGGGGGCCCCCCGUGGCAGGCCAGCGGCAGCCCCCCCGGCCGUGGAGACGGUCGGCUUCCACGGCAGCAGGAAGCGGAGCAGAGACCACUUCCGGAGCCAGAGCACGGCCCCCGAGGCCCCCGAGGCCCCCGGGGCUGAGGGCUGA